ACACAGCUCAGCAGGAAGGACAUCUACAGGGGGAAAAAACCCACCCCACGCAGCCCCUCGCCGCCCCACGGCAGCUGCCGGCUCUGUGCAGUAAGUGGUGGAAUAAACAACACUUUCCUUUGGAUGGAUUAUAGUACAUGUGAACUGCCUGUUACUCUGCAAGAAUAAAAAAAGCCCUUUGCUUUUACUUGUUAAAUAUCAGCUUGAUAGCAAAAAGCAUCUGAAUGGCUCACGCUCACAGCGGACCAUCAGUUGAAUGGGAUCAGCACUUCUACUAAAAUAUCUGAAGUUAAGGAUUUGGAAAAGAGGUUUUUGCAGAGAUGACCCAUUUACAAGCUGGACUUAGUCCAGAGACAAUAGAGAAAGCCCGCCUGGAACUGAAUGAAAACCCAGACAUUUUGCACCAGGAUAUCCAGCAAGUCAGGGACAUGAUCAUCACGAGGCCUGACAUUGGGUUUUUACGUACAGAUGAUGCCUUCAUCUUGAGAUUUCUCCGAGCCAGAAAGUUUCACCAAACUGAGGCCUUCAGACUGCUGGCUCAGUACUUCCAAUACCGCCAAUUAAAUCUGGAUAUGUUCAAAAACUUCAAGGCCGAUGAUCCAGGAAUCAAACGGGCUCUGACAGAUGGGUUUCCGGGAGUACUGGAAAAUCGUGACCACUGUGGCAGGAAGAUUCUUCUGCUUUUUGCAGCCAACUGGGAUCAGAGUAGGAACUCCUUCAUAGAUAUCCUUCGGGCUAUUCUACUUUCUUUGGAAGUGCUCAUUGAAGAUCAGGAGCUUCAGAUAAAUGGCUUCAUUCUAAUUAUAGACUGGAGCAACUUCUCCUUCAAGCAAGCCUCCAAGCUUACACCAUCUAUCCUCAAACUGGCCAUUGAAGGGUUACAGGACAGCUUUCCUGCACGUUUUGGAGGAGUCCAUUUUGUCAAUCAGCCCUGGUACAUCCAUGCCCUGUACACGCUAAUCAAACCAUUCCUCAAAGACAAGACAAGGAAAAGGAUCUUUCUUCAUGGUAACAACCUGAACAGCCUUCACCAGCUAAUACACCCUGAAUGCCUGCCCUCUGAAUUUGGAGGGACUCUGCCUCCCUAUGACAUGGGAACAUGGGCUCGAACGCUCCUGGGUCCCGACUACAGCGAUGAGAACGAGUACACCCACACCUCCUACAACGCCAUGCACGUGAAGCACGCCUCCUCCAACCUGGAGCGGGAGGCCUCGCCCAAACCCAUGAAAAGGUCCCAGUCUGUGGUGGAAGCUGGCACGCUGAAACACGAAGACCAGGGGGAAAGUGAGAACACCCAGCCACUGCUGGCUCUGGACUGAGCUCUCACGAGCCCCGUGGCGAUCCAUGAACAGACCUUCAUCAGAGCAGAACCCCACGGAGCACAGCACACACAGACACACGCACACACACGCGCGUUUCGCUUGACAAGUCCUUCGUGUUUCCUGACCAAGUAACAACUGUCACCAGCCAUCUGUCCCCGCGGCCAGCGCUGAACAAGAACUGAGAAACAUCUACUGACACAGCAGUCUGUCCAUAUACAAAGAACUGGAUUUCUUUUUUUUUUCCUCUUUGACUUGUGACAUUAAAAUAUUGGAAAUGGUGGGACUGCAUUCUCUGUUUAAAGAAAGCAGGGUGUGUUAAUAGUGUUCCUGAAGACUCCAUCAGGGAUGUUCAUUUUGUAGAAGUGAAGGUUGUAAGAGAUUUAAAGAAAGCAUCUCAAAUUUAAACUUUGUGUUGUAAUCAGCAAGUGUAAUCUGGGUUAGAGGGCAGAAUCAUCAGCAUCUAUAAAGUACUUGAGUUUUACAGAAGGAUUUUGCAUUUAAAAAAGAACCCCAGUGCCAGCAUAAUGCCAUUCAACAUGACACUUUGUGACUGCCUCAUCCAUGCAGCUUAUAUGGGGGUCACAUUUCAGUAUCUAUCAAAAAUUGUUCUUAACUUUUGAAGCCCUUCUAAAACUGCCAGCUAAGUGGAAUGAACUGUGUGAGCAGCAGACACACACAAUUUGAAAUGCAAUUAUUUGAUUUUAAUAACGAUUAAAGUUUCCAAAGGCUACUUAGGAGCCUAUAAGACAUGUGCGUGUGCAUAUGUGUGCACAUGUGAAGGGGGUGGUUCCAGGGAGAUACAAUGGACAAAUUCAGCAGUGAUUAAUGGUUCAAUCCACAUUGUUUCCUUUAGGUCACAACAGCAAAUGAAA